AAACGCCGCGCGGCAGCCGGCGUGGGUCCUUCUGCGAGGAUGUGUGCUGCGCCGGGGACCGUCCCCUAUAGAUCGGGCGGGCAGGAGCGAUAGGAAAGCCCGGGAUGAGCGCGGAUUCGGGGAAGAAUUUUCCCCCAGUCAGUGUUUUCUGCAAUACCAGUAGUUGCUUAACAGACAUGGCUUCUUCACCGCGUACCCGCAGCGACUCUCCACGGGAGGAUGGAGAACUGGAAGAAGGGGAGCUGGAGGACGACGGAGGGGAGGAGGCGCAGGAUCCCUCCGAAUCUCAAGAGAGGGGUCGGAAGGAGAAAGGGGAGAAGCAUCACAGCGAUUCAGAUGAUGAGAAAGCCCAUCGACGGAUGAAGCGCAAGCGUCGGAAAGAGAGAGAGAAAGAGAAGAGGAGAUCCAAGAAGAAAAGGAAAUCCAAACACAAGCGCCACGCUUCUUCCAGCGAUGACUUCUCUGAUUACAGCGAGGACUCGGACUUCAGUCCUGGUGAAAAGGGACACAGAAAAUACAGGGAAUACAGCCCUCCCUACUCUUCCUCCCACCAGCAGUAUCCGUCCUCUCACAGCGCUCCCAUGCAAAAGAAGAGCUACUCUAAAAUGGAGAGCAAGAAUUACGGCAUGUAUGAGGACUACGAGAACGAGGAGUACGGUCAGUACGAGGGGGAAGAGGAUGAAGAUAUAGGGAAGGAAGAUUACGAUGACUUUGCGAAAGAGCUGAAUCAAUACCGGAGAGCGAAGGAAGGCUCUCACCGGGGGCGAGGUGGCCGUGGCCGAGGCAGAGGGUACCGAGGGCGAGGCGGCAGAGGGGGAAUGAGAGGAGGCCGAGGCAUGGGCCGAGGGAACCGAGGGCGAGGCAGAGGUGACCACCCCGAGGAAGAGGAGGAAAUGUAUGACGAAGAGAUGGAAUACUGCGAUAACGAGGAGCCCAUCGGCGAUGACGAGUACGACGACUACUCGAAAGAGCUGAAUCAGUACCGGAGGAGUAAGGAGAAUCGUGGACGGGGUUUAAAUCGAGGACGUGGUCGCGGCCCCAGAGGAAGAGGAAAUAAAGGAAUGGGCAGAGGACGAGGCAGAGGUGGAAACAGAAGUGGAAUGGGGAAGGGCGGUGGAAUGAACGAAGACGACGAUUACUACGACGAGGACAUGGGAGAUGGAGGAGGUGGUGGAAAUUACCGGCGGAACGAUCACGAUAAACCCCACCAGCAGUCGGAUAAGAAAGGGAAAGUGAUCUGCAAAUACUUUGUGGAAGGCAGAUGUACCUGGGGCGACCACUGCAAUUUCAGUCAUGACAUUGAACUACCAAAGAAAAGGGAACUGUGCAAGUUCUACAUCACUGGCUACUGCGCCAGGGCUGAAAACUGCCCUUACAUGCAUGAUAUCCUUUUGGUUUUUAACCGUUUCGUUAAGCCAGCCUUAAAUCGGCACCCGGACAUGCACCCGGACAUGCACCCCGACAUGCACCCGGACAUGCACCCGGACAUGCACCCGGACAUGCCGAUGGGCCCGGGAAUGAAUCCCGGCCCUCCGAUGGGUCCCGGCCCCCCCAUGAUGCCCUACGGACCGGAUGAUUCCCCCCACUCCGGCAUGAUGCCGCCCGUCCCACCGGCGCAAGGUUUCUAUGACAAUUUCUACCAGCAGCAAGAAGGUCUGGAGAUGGAUCACGGCAUGAUGGGAGACCCAGAAGACUACGGUGGUUACGAGGACAUGGAAGGGCCUCCGGGAGAGCACAUGUUCCCCGAUCCGUCCUUGGAUCACGAUGCCUUGUGCGAAGGAGGCCCGCCCGGCUUACCGAAACCGCCGGGCAGCAUCCCCGAUUUCAUGCCGUCGGCGCAGAGAGCGCUUUACUUGAGAAUCCAGCAGAAGCAGCAAGAGGAAGAGGAGAGAGCUCGGAGACUAGCCGAGAGCAAUAAGCAGGACCGCGCGAAAACGAGGAAGGCAGGCGAUACCGGCAACUGGUAUUCCAGCGACGAAGAUGACGGUGGAAGCAGCGUCACCUCCAUAUUGAAAACCCUAAGGCAACAAAGCUCCGGCAGACCUCACGCCCAACCCUCCCACGGAGAAAUCGGGCCACCCUCCGGCGUGAGCGACCCUCGCCUGCAAAAAGCCCAAGCAGGAGGGAGCGGUCGUCCUGCCGACCCGCGUUUACGAGAUCCCAGGCUUUCCCGAAACGCGGACCUUUCCGUCCCGUCUCUCCCCGGGGAUUCGGGACCCACCGACCCCAGGCUGGCGCGACACAUUCCCUCCUCCGCCCCCAAACCAGAAGCUCCUCAUUCCAGCGUCGGCGGCGGUCAGAAACCCCCCCUGCUCCCCGACGAGGAGGAAGGGGAAAGGGCUCUGCGGGAU